AUGUUACGGCUUCGAGCUCUUUCCGGUUUCAGGAUCUCGCUCGAUCCAACGUGGGACUAUACAGAUGUAGCUAUUUGGACUGGUGCUGAACUCGCCGCGGGGAUCGUCUGUGCGUCAUUGCCCGCUGUACGCCAACUACUCACUCUAAUAUUACCGAAACGAUGGUCUUCCCUGCUCACAAAUCGAUCACGAAGCCGAAAUGCACCGAUGCCGGAUCAAGGCCAUCCGCCAGAUGCCCACAGGCAGCGAAAGGUUCACUCAUUGUUCCCGCUACCCUCGAUUUCAUACAACAGCAAAAGGUCAUACGGGGUGACAACGGAUAUUUCAUCAUCAGCAUGGAUCAACUCACAAGCAGAGAGUUUGAAAGACCUCGAACGCGGCCGCAUACCUAUCGAAGAGAAAAACAGUGAUUCGUGGCUCCCCCUUCGAGCCCUGUUUCAAAGCGGGUCACGUUCCAUGCGGACCUCUUUCUGGUCAUCGGUGGAUCGGCAGGACAGCUUCUCUACGCAAAAGCAAUCUAACCACCCCCCGCACGUCACUGGCUUCCCGGCCAUGUCGUCGCGGAACGGCGUUGCAGAAGUCGCGGGUAAAUCCAGUAUGGAUGGGGAGGUGGAACUGCUUCGACUUUCUGAAUCUAGUCAUUGGACAAACGAUGGAGAUGAGAUUACGGCUUUGCCGAGGGCAUACAUGUACCAACAUCCGCAUUGA